UCGCAUCUCCGGUCUCGAGCCAGCCAAUUCCACCUCCCAGGCCAAUCCAGAUCUCCCUCCGGCGUCCUCUCAAUUCCUCUCGGGCUGCAAACCAUGUCCCUCAGCGCCCCUCUUCGCCGCAGCGCGGCCACCACCGUCCGCGUCCAGACCUCCACCACCUUCAUCUGUUCGCAAUGCCGACAUGCUACUCUCCUCCGCCGUCCCAAGCGCCCCUACCAGUUCACCCAGCUGAUUACCAUGACCGAUGGUAGCACCUUCACUCAUCGCACUUCCUCCCCUGUCCCCGUCUACCGCUCGACCCGUGACACGCGCAACACCCUGCUCUGGAACCCGACUUCAAGCAAGCUGAAGAGCGUCGAAGAUGAUGAGGCCGGUCGAUUGGCGGCCUUCCGAGCCAAGUUUGGUCGCAGCUGGGACGUGAACACGCCCGUGGAGGGAGCAGAAUCGAAGACGGACCAACCGGAAAAGAGCAAAGAGGCCGCUGCCGCGGAGGCCGCUGCCGCUGAAGAAGAGGACGACAACCUGCUGGAUCUGAUCAGUUCAUUCGGCCAGGAGGAGCAGCAGCCGGGCAAGAAGAAUUAAUUGGAUUGCGCUAGAAUGGGGAUGGGAGCUAGGGGGUUUCAUUGAUUUUCGUUCGAUGUUGUUGUUAUACGAUACAGAUCUUGUUCAGCUUUAUGUACAGUACACCAUACCAUUCAAAUGGAGUUUCAGCAUCGGUGGUUCCCGCUUCCAGGGUAUGGCCUCUAACCGAGGCGUUGAAUUGGUGGGAACAAACAAGGUAGAAGGAUUA